AUGGCAUUUUUGCCGGAACCCUUCCUUGGACACCUCGCUCUUCUUGUACACUCCAUUUUUUGCCUAAUUCAGGACACUCUUACAGGGGAUGACAUUAACAUGGCCAAAAUUUUGUUAACGGAAUUUGUGAUGAAAUACAAUAUGCUACAUGGGGACAUCAACAUGGUUUUCAACGUUCACUUACUCCAGCACCUGUCAAAGGAUGUUUUUCGUUGGGGGCUUUUGUGGACCCGUUCCGCCUUCUGCUUUAAGUCGUACCAUGGCGUUUCGGUUAAAUCUAUCAAAGGCAACCGUCGAGUAGCAAUGCAGGUGUUACACGAAGCUAUACUUAAGCAGUCUGUAAAUUUUUGUGUCCUAACUAAAGGAAUGGAUGUAAUCAAGAGAUCCCUUGCAAUUUUCAAGGAUAAGAAAAGGUGCCACUCGGGGGACACAGUGUCUAGCGUUACACUUCUGGCGUUACACAGCCGUCCAAGUUCAGUAAUUCUUCUUAAGAUUCAUCGCUGGAGGAGUUGUGUACCAAUCAGCUCAAUACUCACGUCCUCAAAGAAGCAACGACACUGUUGUAGUUCUUCAAGGCGAAAAGUUUGGCAUUAUUCGUUCGAUUUUUUCUUACAUGCUUAA